AUGCAUGAUAGGUGGUUAUCUACUAUCAAUCAGUACACAUUUUCUAUUAAACAUCAUAGUGGAAAACUCAAUCAAGUUGUCGAUGCUGUGAGUAGAAGAGCUCAUCUUCUUGUUACUCUCAAACAUGAAAGUUUAGCUUUUGAUUUCUUAAAAGAUCUGUAUAGUGAAGACAAAGAUUUUCAACAACUCUGGGACAAGUGUGGUUCUUCUAAAGGAAGUGGUGAUGAUUUUCUCAUUCAAGAAGGAUUUAUUUUUAAAGGAAAUCGUUUAUGUAUACCACAAUGUUCUCUUCGUCUUCAUCUGAUCCAAGAAUUACAUGGCAGUGGCCUUGGUGGGAAUUUUGGACGUGAUAAAACCAUAGAUUUAGUUGAAUAA